UGCGCAGAAAUACGUGUUCAUGAUCUAGUCCCGCAUGCAGCUUGUGUUUUAUCAGUUGAUCCAGCAACUCUAAAUUAUGAUUCUCCGGUGAAAUUCUGCAGUGGUGUAGAUACCGUUUUGGUGAACGUAUGUGGACGUUUGAUUAUGUUAAAUCCGGUGAAACGAGAUAGUGUAGGAAGUGAUUCAUCGGACGACGAUGAAACCUAUUUCCAGCAAAUUUGGCAUGAUGCUGUCGAUGAAAGUGACAGUAUGUUCCAUCGAAAACCCCAUCUGACACAUGCACUGUGGCUGAAUUGUGGUGCGAAAGGAAUGAAGGUUUUUGAUUUGAACAAAUUUUUCCUAUGAUA